AUGAGAACCUCUUUUGGAAAGAAAGUUAAGAUUAACAAUUCAGUUGGUAAAAUGAUUGAACAGAAGACCUAAGAAUUAAAUUCACCUCCUCUUUCUACAUAGUAAUAUUAGGUGUAAUCAAAUGAUUUAUCCUGGCUAUCAAAUGAAAUAGAAUAAGAGGUUGACAAAAUUCUAAAAAUCGCAAAGCCCUAACCUCUUAAAAUAAAACAAAACCUAAUAUCAAGUGGAAAUGAUAUAAGAGAGGAAUUCUUUGUUAGUAAUAAUAAUACUAAAAGAAACUCUUGGGGUCUUGAUAACUAAUAAGAACUUGAAAAGAAUAUCAAUAAAGGGAAUCAUUGUUAGUUCUAAUGUGAAAUUCCAAUUUAAAAAAAAGGAUCUAAAAAUUAAGUUUAAUAGAGGGACAGCUUUGAUUAUAAUUCAAAUAAAAAUGAUAAUCAAGAUUUAUAAGAGAGAAAUUAUUUAUUUUAAGGGGAAAUUAGUUUUGCUGAAUGCAAGAAUAACGAGAAAAAAUAAAAAUAAAAAAAAAUUAAACAAUUUUUAGAUGCAAGCUUUUAAUUUUAAGAAUAAUAAAACAAUUCAUUUGAGGAAGGGAUUUUCAAAUUUCAUAAACAAAAGCCUAGUCAAUUGAAAGACAGAAUUUAUGAAGAUAUACCAUCUCCUUAAUUUUAUUAGGAAAAAACAAAAUAAAUCUAAAUGUCUUAGGAUUUGGAGAAACCUAACUUCAAUGCUAACUUAAAUUGGAAAAAAGGUAAGAAUAGGAGAGAAGCGAAGAAAUAUACAUAGUACCAAACCUAAGAAUUCAAACACUUAUCAUUAUCAAUACCAGGUUUUUAUGUUCAUGAAAAGGAAGGAGAACUAAAAAUUAAUAAACUCUAGAAGAUGUAAAACGAAAAAACAAAGUUUUUCCAACUAUUUGAAUUAACAAUCAAUCCAAUAACUUUUAUUGGUCCUCUGAAAUUGAGGUCCAAUUUGAAACUUUGUAUUAGAUUUAAAAAAGGUUAUACUGGAUAAGUCUUUUGCAAUUAAGACUAUACAGAAACCAUUCCAACAAAUUAGGAAGAUGGAAAAGUAUUAGAAAAUGAAAAACAAUUAUUUUUGGCUAACAAUAGUUCUCAUAUCACAAAAUUAGUAUGUUGUUUAAUAAAGAAAAUCUAGAAUUACAGGAAAUUAAAUUUAUGA